CUUAGCUACCAGCGUGCUAGCGACACUGGCACAUUAUGAAGGAUGUUUUUUGUUAUUAAAAAGAUGGUCAUGUAAUUACAUAUUAAUUUGACAGCUAGCUCUCACCCAUGCUCUAGUAUCAAUGUGAUUUGUGUCUCAAUUUGAACCAUUUAACAUAAGUCGUAAGUUAUUUUAGCUAGUCAACUUGUUCACGUUGUCCAUAUUUCCAUGGUAUGGUGCUAACGUUAGCUCUAGCUCUAGCUACACUCGAGGUCCCCAGCACAGACAUAGAAAAAAAUGGCGGACGACACCAGCGCAGCAGCGGACAGGAACGUGGAGAUAUGGAAGAUAAAGAAGUUGAUCAAAAGUCUGGAAGCAGCAAGAGGGAAUGGCACAAGUAUGAUUUCCCUUAUCAUCCCGCCGAAGGACCAGAUCUCCAGAGUGGCUAAGAUGCUGGCCGAUGAGUUUGGUACAGCCUCCAACAUCAAGAGCAGAGUCAACAGGCUGUCAGUUCUGGGUGCCAUCACGUCUGUCCAGCAGAGACUCAAGCUCUAUAACAAAGUGCCUUCCAAUGGCUUAGUUGUCUACUGCGGAACUAUAGUGACCGAGGAGGGCAAAGAGAAAAAAGUUAAUAUUGACUUUGAGCCUUUCAAACCUAUCAACACCUCACUUUAUCUUUGCGACAACAAGUUCCACACAGAGGCUCUCACUGCUUUGCUAUCAGACGAUAGCAAGUUUGGUUUCAUUGUAAUUGACGGAAGUGGCGCGCUCUUCGGGACUCUACAGGGCAACACCAGAGAAGUGCUGCACAAGUUCACUGUGGACCUACCGAAAAAGCACGGAAGAGGAGGCCAGUCCGCCCUGCGUUUUGCUCGCCUGCGAAUGGAGAAGAGACACAACUACGUGCGCAAGGUGGCGGAGACGGCAGUCCAGCUCUUUGUCUCUAACGACAAAGUCAACGUAGCCGGCAUGGUCCUGGCUGGUUCGGCUGACUUCAAAACCGAGCUGAGCCAGUCGGACAUGUUUGACCCGAGGUUACAAGCAAAGGUGUUGAAGCUUGUGGAUAUCUCAUACGGAGGAGAGAACGGCUUCAACCAGGCCAUCGAGUUGUCAGCUGAGGUGCUGUCCAAUGUGAAAUUUAUUCAGGAGAAGAAACUAAUAGGACGAUACUUUGACGAGAUCAGCCAGGACACAGGCAAGUACUGCUUUGGGGUAGAAGACACUCUAAAAGCCCUGGAGAUGGGAGCUGUUGAGAUUCUCAUUGUCUAUGAGAACCUGGACACAAUGAGAUACAUCCUUCGCUGCCAUGGUGCAGAGGGAUUGGCAAUGGAAAAUGAUGAGAAGACUUUGUAUUUAACGCCGGAACAAGAGAAAGACAAAUCUCACUUCACAGACAAAGAGACAGGACAAGAACAUGAGCUGAUUGAGAGCAUGCCAUUGCUCGAGUGGUUUGCCAACAACUAUAAGAAGUUUGGAGCUACUCUUGAGAUUGUCACAGACAAGAGCCAGGAGGGAUCCCAGUUUGUAAAAGGUUUUGGUGGAAUUGGAGGGAUCUUGCGGUACAGGGUUGAUUUUCAAGGCAUGGACUAUCAAGGAGAGGAUGAUGAAUUGUUUGACUUGGAUGACUACUAGGUAGUCAAGACUGACUGUUGGAAGCAAAGAAAAAUUAGGAAAAAUAAAAGCCUUUCACUGACGUGAGAGACUGAGUGGAGAAAGGACCAAGCAGGGGGGCCAGAACACCAAGCAAGUGACAUUUGUGAAAAUGUACAGUACAUGAACAUAUCCCUAACUCUGAACAGGGACUCUCUCUCCUGGGCAGUCGAGCAUGGCCCUGGCUUGUUGUUCUCACCACAUGAAUGACACAUUAAGUGACUUGACAAAUAAAUAAAAAAAAGAAAAACAAUUUCUGACUGCUUGACCACUGAAACAAAUUAUAUUUUUAUCUAUGAUGUUCCCCUCCUUCCUUCCCCACUUUCAAUGUCCCUUUUUUAUUGAUUCCUGAUGCUGUUGAAUUCUACGACAUACGGAUGAUGAUCAUUUGUCUCACUAAUCAAACAUAUGUGGAGAGCUGGAAUAAUCAUUAAAUUUCCCGCAUACAGUC